AUGUCGAUCCAGGACACCUUUGGUUUGCAGUUAGCCAAGUAUACUAACGUCGCUGCAUCAGCAAUCCUAAUCUAUGAUUACUUUGUCACCUUACACUCUGAAGUCCAAUGGACCUGGGGACGGAAGUGGGGAAUCAUUCGGAUUACCUUCACGAUUUCACGAUAUUUACCUUUUGCUGGUGUGCUAAUGACCUCAUACUCCGCUCUCAAGACAUGGGGCACGGAAGACUGUGUACCUUUUAACGAUAUUUUAAAUGGAAUACACUUCUUGGGCAUCAUUGCCUCGGAAGUUUUGUUGAUCACCAGGGUCUACGCCUUCUCCGGCAACAACAAGGCUUAUCUUAUAGUUCUUUUCUCCUUUGGUUUGGCUAUAUUGGUGGCGUCUGUAAUUAUAAGUGCCGCCCCCAUCAAUUUGAACAUCCCGGGAGUCGGUCCCCCUUGCGUGUUGGAAGGGGCUCAUAGCAGUGCCCUCCCGUAUGGACUCUUAAUGUUUUUCGAGAUAGUUAUCAUGUCCACCACUGUACAUUUGAGACAUCGACACUAUCGGGGUUCUCAUAGUGCAUUGAUGAAGAGUGUAUAUCGUGAUGGGCUACUCUACACAUUAUCCAUCACAAUGAUAUCUACAGUCAAUGUGAUUGUUGUCGCUGCGUUUCCUCUCUCGUACAGCGAAGCGCUAAACACACCUCAGAUUGUUGCACACAGUGUUCUUUCUUCUCGAGUACUAUUCAAUCUUCAAGAAAGCAAGGAGACAUCGCUCUUGCUCACCAACCGAGCGGCAGAUUCAGUGGAAUUGCAAUCCCAUCUACAUACAUUCAAAGCACGACCUGGAAGCAGUGAGACAACUGGUCAGCUAGAUGAAAUGUAG